AUUGAUGAGCAGGCAGGACAUUUGCAUGAAUUUGAAUUCUCCACUGGCAAUAGGCUUAAGAGCAGAGAGGACAGCUGGCUCUGCAGACAAUUCAGUCCUGAUCCCAUCUUCCACCAUGGCUUGGCUGCCUCUUCUUCUCAUCCUCUCCUCUUCCUUUAUGGGGAGUUUUUCCCAGUUUGUCCUGAAUCAACCAGCCUCUGUGUCUGGAUCUCUUAGAGAGACAGUCCAAAUCUCUUGUAAAAAAAGCAGUGGAACAAUUGGAUCAGGAUAUUCCUCCUGGUAUCAACAGAAGCCUGGCGAUCCCCCCAAACUCCUUAUAUAUGACGAUAGCAGCAGAGCCUCUGGAAUCCCAGCACGAUUCUCCGGUUCUGUUGAAAACUCUAGAACAUCUGCCAUGUUAAGCAUAUCCAGUCUUGAGGCAGAAGAUGAGGCUAUCUAUUAUUGUGCCUCUUAUACAGGCAGUGGCUCGUACACAGUGCGGGCCAGUAUCCAGCAGCUGCAGAGCUUGAAAGAUCCAGAUUUUGUAGCUCCAGCAGGGACAAUCACCAUGUCCUGUAGAUACGAUGGUGGAAACAUCACUGACACCAACUACCCACGAUGGAUCCAGCAGAAGUCAGGGAACACCAUGUCCCUGACCAUCACAGGGGCCUUGGUGGAAGAUGAGGCCACUUAUUAUUGCUUAGUUUGGAUUGGGGACGGGUGCACAGUGCUUGAUUCAGAUAGAGAAAUGAGACAAAAGCCCUUCAAAGGAAGAACAUCUCUUUCUAAACUCCCCAUCAAGUACUCAAGGACUUUUUUGCAAGUCAUGACUCAAACAGCCUCUGUGUCUGGAUCUCUUGGAGGGACAAUCCAAAUUACUCGUACUAUAAGCAGUGGAACAAUUGACACAGGGGAUUCCUCCUGGUAUCAACAGAAAUUUGGAAAUGCUCCCAAAGUGAUCAUAUAUGAGGAUAGCACAUUUUUGUUAUUUAUGUUGUCAGUAGCAAUGAGAAAACGUGCAUUAUUUCCUUUCUCACAGAACACAAGUGGCAGAAACUGGAUAAAAAUUAAAAUGGAAUGGAAUGGAAUGUGUCCUCAAAAGCUCCACUGGCAAAUCCUACUGCUUGAAGAGAAGGAAUCUUCAAAGGAUGCUCUUUCCUUUUAUCUCAAGCUGGCUGUCAUAUCUGAGGAAGAAUUGCUGAGCAGGCAGGGCAUUUGCAUGAAUUUGAAUUCCCCACUGGCAAAAGGCUUAAGAGCAGAGAGGACAGCUGGCUCUGCAGACAAUUCAUUCCUGAUCCCAUCUUCCACCAUGGCUUGGCUGCCUCUUCUUCUCAUACUCUCCUCUUCGUUUAUGGGGAGUUUUUCCCAAGUCUUGACACAACCAGCCUCUGUGUCUGGAUCUCUUGGAGAGACAGUCCGAAUCACUUGUACUAAAAGCAGUGGAACAAUUGGAUCAGGGGAUUCCUCCUGGUAUCAACAGAAGUCUGGCGGUCCCCCCAAACUCCUUAUAUAUGGCGAUAGCAGCAGAGCCUCUGGAAUCCCAGCACGAUUCUCCGGUUCUGUUGACAACUCGAGAACAUCUGCAGUGUUAACCAUCUCCAGUGUUGAGGCAGAAGAUGACGGUGACUAUUAUUGCCUGGAAUAUUUGGGUGGUGGCCAGUGCACAGUGAUACAAUUCUGCUGA